UGCAACUAUUGGAUAUCCAAUACAAUCUGUCAGUUUGACAUUUGUUGUAUCCUAAGAAAAAGGCAUAAAUUAUAGAAGAUCUUAAGUAAUCUCACAAAUCUAGAUUGCAAUAAUUCAUAAUGACAACUUGGAAUAAUAGUCCAUAUCCACCACCAGAUCCAAAUCAAUACUAUGGUGGUCAGCAAGGGUUUGGGCAACCAUACCCUGGUGCUGCAGGGUACCCACCACCAGGAGGUUUCCCACCGCCAGGAGGUUUUCCUGGACAACAGGGGGGUUUCCCUGGACAACAAGGAUAUCCUGCCCCAAGUGCACCGGGUUUCGUUCCGCCGCCACAAGGGCCGCCCUUUGGUCACGUUCCCCCACAAGGAGGUUACAAUCAACCAGGUGAAGGCACAUCAUUCAAUAAUUAUAAACCUGAUAUGUACGGAGCAAGUUUUAAUGGAACGGAGGACAACGACAUAAAAGGUCAGUUCGAUUUCUCCGAUCAAACUAUUCGACGAGGUUUCAUCAGGAAGGUCUACUCUAUUCUGAUGUUCCAACUAAGCGUUACCCUGGCUUUCAUUUCGUUGAUGGUGUACCAUAAAUCUACCAGGAUAUUUGUCAGGAGUCACCCAGAAUUAAUGAUCGUCGCAAUCAUUAUUUUUAUUGUAUCUCUAAUUGCUCUAUCCUGUUGCGGAGAACUUAGGCGCAGAUCGCCCACCAACUAUAUAUUCUUGACACUUUUCACAUUGGCGGAAUCGUUCAUGCUAGGCGUCAUUUCUUCUACCUACAAAUCCGAUGAGGUCGUCAUGGCCGUUGGAAUUACUGCUGCUGUUUGUCUCGGGCUCACUCUAUUUGCUUUCCAAACUAAGUGGGAUUUCACAAUGAUGGGCGGCAUUCUUUUCGUCGCUGUCAUUAUUCUGCUAAUCUUUGGAAUAGUAGCAAUUUUCGUCAAGAGCAAAAUACUUUCGAUGGUAUACGCAUCGUUGGGCGCUCUCAUCUUCUCCAUCUAUCUGAUUUACGAUACCCAAAUGAUGAUGGGCGGCAAUCAUAAAUAUUCGAUUUCCCCCGAGGAAUACGUAUUCGCAGCAUUAAAUCUGUAUUUGGACAUUAUCAAUAUCUUCAUGUACAUCUUGACCAUUAUAGGCGCUGCUCGAGAUUGAGCAUCAAAACCUAUAUUUGAAAGAUUUUUCCCCCUUAUACCGAAUAUAGAUUUAACAAAGAUAUAUUGAAUUCGUCUACAACUAGUAUUGCUAUUGAAAUAUUGCAUUCACACUUGUUAGAAACCUUUUAACUGAAAUAUAAUGAUAAUAAUUGUUUAGAAUAUUUUAUACACAUAUAUUAACAAACAAAAAAAAUCUAUUUUGUGCGUACGUUUUGAAGUAACGAAUAUUGUAGUUGGAAACUGUCUUUGAUGUUUAAAAUAUUUAUUAAACACACUUAUGUACCAUGCAUGUUGAUUAUUCUUGAGACUGAUUUAGUUGUUACAAACAUAAAAAAGAAAGAAAGAGCAAGCAAUUUGCAUUGGUAUAACUGAGUUGAGUAUAGAAUCUUUGGUUAUUGUAUAGUGAAAAAAGUAACAUAUAUUUACGAAAAUGUUUUGACUUUAUUUUUCUAUUGUUGUGCUAAUGUAAACUUCUGCUUCGAACGGGUGACUUCGAUCAUUUGGUUGCAUAAUUUCUUGGGUUUCUUAUGUAAUAUUGCUAAUGUAUAAUUGAUGUAAUUGUUAACAACAAAAUAUUGGCUCAAAUGUAACUUGUGUCUAUACAUGUUGUUUUAUAAAAUAAUAAUAAAAAAUGUUCCACCUACA